UCACGGUGGCCCACCAUGCUAUUCUUAGAUGAAGGAAUGUACACAGUGGCCUCAUGGCACUCUCCACAGCGCCCAGCUGAAAAACUCUGUGUCAUUUCUCUGUGUCAUGGUCUCUUCCCGACACCUCUCUGGAUUAAAUUUUAACUUCGUUUUUUACUCUUUUUUUCAAUUCAUAUCAAGCUGAUGAUAUUCUGUGGAUGUUAUUGACUCUCUAAGGACAGGAGCAACAUGAUGGCUGGCAGACGAGCGGGCAUUUUCUCUUUCAAAGACUCAGAACUUCCCUGCCACUUGCUCAUCCAGCUCAACAUCCUGCGGCAGGAGCGCAUCCUGACCGAUGUGCUGCUCUGCACUGAGCACCAGGAGAUCCCCUGCCACAGGAAUGUCCUGGUCUCCAGCAGCCCGUACUUCCGUGCCAUGUUCUGCAACAACUUUCUGGAGAGCAGCCAAGCCCGUGUGAACUUGAAGGGAAUCUCUUCAAGUGUGCUCACUGGAAUUGUAGACUAUGUUUACACGGGCUGCGUCACUAUCACCAUGGAGAAUGUGCUCCCCCUUAUGCAGGCAGCGUCCAUGCUUCACUAUGGGGGUCUCUUUGAGGCCUGCUCCACGUUCCUGCAGGAGCAGCUGAGUCCUGAGAACUGUCUGAGCAUGAUCCGGUUGUCUGAGAUCCUCCACUGCGAGAGUCUGAAGGAGAAGGCAAAGGAGAUGGCCGUGAGGUGUUUCUCUGAUGUUGCUGCCACUGAGGACUUCUGUGAGCUGUCUCUUCCAGAGCUCAUGUGCUACUUGGAGGAUGACCGCCUUUGUGCUGAGGAGGAGCAGGUGUUUGAGACUCUCCUGGCAUGGAUCCACCACGACCCUUUUUCACGACGCGGUGCCAUUCACGAUCUCUUCAAGAAGGUUCGUCUCCGCUACAUCCAUCCAACAUACCUCUUCCAGUUCAUCGCCAACGACCCACUGGUGCAGUCAUCCACACUCUGCACUGAGAUUAUUGACUCUGUACGCCGUCUUAUGCUCACAGCCAGCACCAAGUGUAGCCGUGAGCUGAAACCCCUCUGGACCACACCAAGACGUUACACCUGCAGAGAAACGCUGGUGGUAGUUGGAGGACGCAAAAACAACGAGCAGACUUCUCGAGAGGCACUUCUGUACGAUGAAAGGACCCAUCGUUGGCAGUGGUUGGCCAAGCUGCCUCUGCGCCUUUACAAAGCUGCAUAUGUGUGCAUCCACAGCAUCCUUUAUGUGCUGGGAGGCCUCAGUCUCUGCAUGGCUUCUGGGGAUAGCUCAGUCAGCUCCACCGUUUACACACUUUCCCUCAAAACAAACCAGUGGAGGACAGCAGAGCCCAUGCUGGAGCCUCGAUACGCCCACCAAAGUGUGUCUUAUCUGCACUUCAUCUUUGUGCUGGGAGGUAUAGGGGUGGACAAGCGAAUCUCUCAGUCAAUGGAGAGGUAUAACAGCAUGUUUAACCAAUGGGAGGCCAUGGCACCGAUGCCUACCGCUGUGCUUCAUCCAGCAGUUGCAGCCAGUGAUCAGAGGAUCUACGUGUUUGGAGGGGAGGACGCCAUGCAGAACCCGGUCCGGCUUAUUCAAGUGUAUCACAUCUCUCGCAACUUGUGGUCCAGAUUGGAGACAAGGACAGUGAAAAAUGUUUGUGCGCCAGCUGCAGUCAUAGAGGAGAAGAUCUAUAUCAUAGGAGGAUAUACCAGGAGAAUGAUUGCCUAUGACACCAAAGCCAACAAAUUUUUCAAGUGUGCAAAUCUGAAGGAGCGAAGAAUGCACCACAGCGCCACAGUGAUCAACAACAAGCUCUACGUCACAGGCGGACGCAUCCUCAAUGGCCACGAUGUCAUCGAGGACUCGGAUUGCUUUGAGUGCUACGACCCAAAAACAGAUGUUUGGACCUCAAAAGGUUCUCUACCGUACAAGCUCUUUGAACAUGGGUCUCUGCCGCUGGUCUGUGUUUCCAACCGACCCAACCCACCAUGAGCAAAACCUCUCCUUUGGUUGGAUAUAUUUUGGCCUCUACACUAACAGUGACCAACCAUUUCACACUGAGAGCAUUGCUUAAUGCAAGUUAGCGUCCUGUUUAGCACCGCUGACGGUGAUCUGAAACACAAAACCUGUAUGGAGGUGGUAUUGCCGACACACCUGUGAUGGAACUGAAGAGUCAAUGAGAAAUCGACAAGCUUAAAGAAAAUUAUAUUUUUUAGAAACAACAAACUUGGAAAAAAUGAUUUGCACUCACAUUUGAUGAUCAGUGUUAACGUUUUAUUGUCCCUGACUUUGAUACAAAGGAAACUUCCCCUAUGUGGCAGCUGUAUUUUACAUCGUUUUCCUGCCAGACCAGGAGAAAUAUGUUUAUAAAUUUGGGUUCUACUGAGUUCUGUUAACGAUCUAGCAGUGGCACUAUUUGCACUUUGUAUAGUAAAUAAUACAUUCCUCUUUAACUCACUUCUUAUUGGAUUGCGCUUGUCAAAGAAAAGAGCUGUCAAAAGCCAUGAAAAACCUACAGAGAUGAAGAAGAACCAGUCUUUUGUAAUGUUUGAUAAGUCAAUGCAAAGAACGACAGAUUUUGUCAAAUAAAAUAAAAUGAGCCAAUAUUUAACAAUUCAAAAA